CCUCCCGUCUCCUCUUCCCUCCUCCUCUCUCUCUCUCUCUCUCUCUCUCUCUCUCUCCCCUUCCCCGUUCACACCACUGCCCCGCUCCCCCCAUUGGCCAUUGCUGCCCCAAUCCCAAGCUCCAAAUGUCAAGAACUUCAGCCUCCCCGCCCCCAUUGCCUCGCUCGCUCUGCUGCCUGCCGCCACGCUCCCGCGUUGCUAUAAAAUCAACUGCAUCUCCACUCCGACCCCUCUAAUCCAGCCAAGGAACAACCAUGGCAGGAGCCCCCAAAUCCACCCUCAUUAUCUUGCUCCUCCCCUUCCUGUUGCUCGGGGCCGCGGCCUCCCCCCUCCCCCUGCUCAACUCCUCGCUCCCGGACCCCGCCGCCGUCGUCGCCGACUUCCACAGCAAGGUGGCGACGUCGCGGCGGCGGAUGCAGGAGACGGGCGGAGGCGGCGGGUGCAUGACGGGCAACCCGAUCGACGACUGCUGGCGGUGCGCCGGGACGGACUGGUGGAAGGACCGGCAGCGGCUGGCGGACUGCGGCAUCGGGUUCGGGCGCAACGCGCUGGGCGGCAAGGGCGGUCCGUUGUACGUGGUGACCGACUCCUCGGACCGCGACCCCGUGAACCCGGCGCCCGGCACGCUCCGGCACGCCGCCAUCCAGGAGGGCCCGCUGUGGAUCGUGUUCGCCGCGGACAUGACCAUCCGCCUCAACGAGGAGCUGCUGGUGAACAGCUACAAGACCAUCGACGGGCGCGGCGCGAACGUGCACGUGGCCGGCGGCGCGUGCAUCACGCUGCAGUACGUGUCCAACGUGAUCAUCCACAACCUGCACGUGCACGACUGCGUGCCGGCGGGGAACGCGAACGUGCGGUCGUCGCCGACGCACUACGGCUGGCGGACGCGGUCGGACGGCGACGGCAUCUCGCUCUUCUCGGCGCGGGACGUGUGGGUGGACCACUGCGCGCUGUCGCGGUGCGCGGACGGGCUGGUGGACGCCAUCAUGGGGUCGACGGGCAUCACCGUGUCCAACAGCUACUUCUCCCACCACGACGAGGUGAUGCUGCUGGGGCACAGCGACGGGUACCUCCCGGACUCGGGGAUGCAGGUGACCAUCGCGUUCAACCACUUCGGCGUGCAGCUGGUGCAGCGGAUGCCGCGCUGCCGCCGGGGAUACUUCCACAUCGUCAACAACGACUACACGGCGUGGGAGAUGUACGCCAUCGGCGGCAGCGCCAGCCCCACCAUCAACAGUCAGGGCAACCGCUACAUCGCCCCCGCAAACCCCAACGCCAAGGAGGUGACGAAGCGCGUGGACACGGAGGAGGGGCAGUGGAACGGGUGGAACUGGCGGACGGAGGGGGACAUGAUGGUGAACGGCGCCUUCUUCGUGCCCUCCGGGGAAGGGAUGGAGAACAUCUACGACAAGGCCUCCAGCGGCGUCGACCCCAAGUCGUCCGCGCUCGUCGACCAGCUCACCAUCGGCGCCGGCGUCCUCGGCGGGCCAAGGGACAAUGGCGAAGCGUCCGCGUACGUCGGGUUCAACUACGCCGGAUCGGCGACCGGCGGUGGCGGCGGCGGAAGCGGAGGCAACGGGUAUGGUAGCCUUGGGAUGGUCUAUGCCAACAGCGGCGAUCGGGGCUGCCGGUCUCACUUGAUACUAUCGCUGACUACUUUGGUUCUUGCUCUAAUAUGUUGUGUAAGACUGGAUUGAGACAUAGCACAUGGUUAUUAUGAUUCAGUCGGGCGAAAGGUAGAAAAAGAGGUGAAAGUUGACGCUAGGGAGAUAGGCAGCAGCAAUAUAGGUAUCCACCAUGCACCAGCACAUGGGGAUGGAUGGGAAUAUUGCAUGGUAGUCUCAGUGUAGCUGUUGUGACAAAGUUCAUUCAUUCGUGGUUAUUAACUCUAACCGCCCUGUAAUCUCAGCCAAAGAAGAAAGGGAAACAAUUGGGCGCGGUGCCCCGGCCGAACUUUGGGCCGGUCGCGUCCACGCGCGCUU